CCCGCGUCUGCUUUAAACUUCUGCUGAAUGAUGUUUAUUUACUCCAUAUUUCUUUGGGGAUUGGAUAAUUUUCCCUUUCAAAUUUUCUGAAUCGCUUAUACAAUUGAGUUUAUAUUAGAGACUCACAAUGAUGAGCAGAAAGCCGUCAACCAAUUCCAAUUUUCAAAUAAGAUGUGUGCCGAAAAAGAACAAACAUUCAGGACCACUUAUGAAAACUGUUGAUGUUACACCAAAUGAAAUGGAAGAAGUAAAUUUCAUAUCUCAAGACCUUGCAAGAAAAUUGACUGUUCCAAGGACUCAGAAAACUUUUAAGGGAUUGAUAAAUCAAGAAAAACUCGAACAACUUAAGAAAGCAGCUGCAUCUCAUGCCCGAGAUGAAAAGGAAGCUAAGAAAGAAGCAAAGAAAAAAAGGGAACAACUUCAGAAAGAGCAGGAAGCUCGAAAGGCAGAAUUUGAAGCAUGGGACUUGGUCAGGAAAAAGAAUGAAGAAUUGAACGAAUUGGAAGAAGAAGCAAGACAAAAAAUGGAACACAUGCGAGAAAAAGCUAAUGAAAUUAUAAAAGAACAAAAUGAAGAAAUCAAGGAAAUCAACAAGCUGAUUUUAUCUGCUAAAGUGCAAGCUAUACGCGAUGCACAAGUGGAAGAGAAAAAGCAUAUACAGAAGGAGAAAGCUAUGGCUGAAGCUAAUUUAGAUGAAGUGAUGGAACAAGAAAGAAGGAAAGGUGUUUUGAAAGAAAGGGAAAUUCUAGAGAAACGCAAAGGAGCCUCAUAUGAAGCUGCAUCAAAACUUCAGGAACAAAUAAAAGAGAAUAAGGAAAAGAAGUUAUUAGAUGAAGAAAAUAAAAUUAAAGAAGGCGAAUUACUUUUGAAGAAAUUGAAAGAAGAUCAAUUGAGAGAUCUUCAAGAAUUGAAACUGAAGCAGUUAAAAAAGAAAGCAGUUAUGGAAGAGUUAAAAAAAGAAAAUGAAGAAAUACUGAAAAGAAAAGAAGCUAUGAGGCAACAGUCUGAAAAAGAAGAUAAAGUUAUUGCUGAAUAUCAAAGAUUAAAAGCAGCUCAAGAGGAAGCUAAAGAAGCUGCAGAAAGAGAAGCAAAACGCCAAAGAGAAAUGGAAUUAGCAAAGUUGGGGGAAAUGCAGGAGAAAGCUUCUAGUCUUUAUGCAGAACAAGAAGCUCUUCGAGCACGCAGAGCUCUUGAAGAAAAAGAAAGAAAAUAUAGACAACAAGAAAAGGAGGCAGCAAUAAAAAAGAAGAAGACAAUGGAAGAUUUGAAAAAAUCUCGUGCUCAGCAGCUUGAACAACAGGAAAAUUUGAGACGCAUGAAGGCAGCUGCAAAUAUUAAGGAAUUAGAAGCUUUAUUGGAAAAAUUAAAACUGGAAACAGAACAAGAAAAACGAAAGGACCUUUUCAAAAAACUCGCCAAUUUGAAGCAUUUAGAUGAACUCAAGGAACAGAUGAAAAAGAAAGAAAUGGAAAGAAUCAAUGAAAAGAGGGAAUUCUAUAGAGAUGGCAUUCAUUUACGGCAAGAAGAAAAGCGACGCAAUGAAAUGCUGGAUAUCUUGAAAAAGGAGAAAUUAAGUGAACUGAGGAAACAUAAUAUACCAGAGACUUAUAUCAAUCAUAUAAAAAGGAAGGUAAAUUUAGAAGAGUGAUACCAAGAAAAUUUGUCUGCUCUAAAUUGAAGAUCAUUAUUUAUUCCAAAUUGUAUGUCAAUAAUUUCCAUCUUUUUUUAUAAAUU